CAGUUUGGGAUGUAGAGCAGCUCUCAUUCAUACUUCUGGUGGGAUGUUUCUGCUUGGCUGAGUCUCAGAGGGCUGAAGGAGGGAGAGAGGAGUGGGAGAGAGAGAAGAGAGAGAGAGAGAGACUCAGAGGUGCAGAGGGAGUUAAGAUGCAGAACCAGACGCAGAAAAUGGGACCUGCUGCCACCUCGCUCGCUCUGUUGUGUUUGUGUUUUCUCUAUGUUUCUACAGAGACGGUGGACGCUUCACCAACACAGUCUCCUCAGCAAGAGGUGAAGAAGGCGAGAGGGGAUGUUCCGGAUACUCUUCCAGAGCCUGAACCAGAGCCAACCAGCCCAGUGUCAGACUUUGAAAACUCAUACAACUAUGUCUUGUCCAGACUAGCCGGCAUGGACCAGGCGAUCCACAAGCUGAAUGUGGGUCACUACACCCUGGAUGUUAAAGUCAGUCAGCUGAUGGACCGUCUGUCCAGGGUGGAUGCUAAAGUCGGGGAGCUGGAGGACAGCAUCCAGGAGGUUUACCAGCACAGCAAGGACAACAGGAAAGAGAUGGGAAGACUGGAAGGCUGCCAGAAAGGACACAGGUUGGGAUACAAAUGUUACCUUGUCUAUAACAGCUAUCAGGAUUACGCCGGAGCGUCCAGGAAGUGUUUGGAGCGAGGUGGUCGGAUAGCAAUGCCCCGGGACCGUAGGGAGCAGGAAGCCCUCGCCGACUACGUCAAGUCGUUCUUCCACCCGGGGAACUGGCCCGUGUGGCUGGGCAUCAGCGACCUGCGAUCGGAGGGCAUGUACCUUUUCGAAGACGGGACGCGGGUGUCUUACUUUCAGUGGCGUAAACACUUCCUGUCCAGUCAACCGGACGGAGGGAGGCGGGAGAACUGUGUGGCCAUGUCGUCGGACGACGGCGACUGGUGGGAUCAUUACUGCGACCGCACCAUGAACUAUGUCUGCGAGUUUGACGACAGAGUGGCUCUUUAAGACUCUUCUCCAAUCACAAUCUCCACACUCUCAGACUCAGGGACUUUUUAUCGCGUUCCCAGUAUACGUGUGAGUGCUUAGGACUGUCCCACUGUCAUUUCCUAAAUGUGUGAGGGCUCUGAAGCGUGAUACAUUAGCAGCGUAUUUAUGCAAUUUGCAGGAGUUUCCCUGCAGUUUUUGGUGAUUAACAGCAAGAAAUGACCCAACAAUGGGUGCCAAGGACAUUCUUUUUUGUCAUAAUAUCAGACAGGUAUCGAUAUUGUUAGAUUUUUACUCGUAUCAUUUCUAAGUUUAAAAGUCUGGAUUCAUGACUACCCCAGUCUGCAGACUUCCCUGUUGGACUUACCCAGAGUUCAUUGUAAACUUGUUACAUAAAGAACAUGAUUGUCCACCCCACCACUAAUUGUAAAACAAAUGUCCAAUACUGAAGACAUAGUGUUAAAAAAGAAAAAGGAAAAAAAAAAAGAUACAAUUUAUUUACAAAAAAAAAAGUAUGGACUUGGGGCGCUGGUGGCGCGGUGGUUGGUGUGCAUCCCAUGUAUGGAGGCUGUGAUCCACCGGGCGGGCGGCUUGGGUUCGGGUCCGACCUGUGGCUCCUUUCCCGCAUGUCGUUCCCUUAUCUCACUACCUGAUUUCUGACUCUAUCCACUGUCCUAUCUCUCCAUUAAAAGCAAAAAAAGCCCCCCCAAAAAAGUAUGGACUUGAUGAAAAACCCCAAAUACAAAUAAGAUAAUUUGUGACAUGUGGUUGAUCACUUUUGAGUUAUUUAUGUUGUCAGUCAAAUACUCACAAAGGAUGAACAUCAAUGCCUUGAACAAACACUGUAAUGUAAGACAAAAAAUAUAUACCGGAGAUCGGCUUUUUCUUUUGUUAAAUAGCGUGUCUUGUCUCUCGUCAACGUGUGAUGUCAUAAUAUUGUGUCCCAUUCCUUAUUUGAGUAUCAGCUCAAGCCCUCAUUAGCUGGGUCAAUUUCAGGGGGUUGGCAUCCUAUGAAGGACCAAGCCAAUCUCUCCAUGUCCUAUAGCUGAGGGAGUGUCACCACCUGGGGGAGGGGUUACUGCCCUUUGUGAUGUCAUGAAGGGAAAAUCUCCAAACGGCCUGUUUGAGCACACAUUUUCUGAAAAGUGGAGCAGGCAGAAGACUGAGAGGAUGGACUUUUAUGAUAUUAGGGGGGUUUGUAGACUGACUAGAGACACAUAUUAGUGUUAGAGAAACAUGGUGAUAUGGGACCUUUAGUAGUGUCAUCUUGCAGGAGAAAGGGGACAGCUAUGAAGAUAAUUCAUCCUAGGAUUUUAAAGGGAAAGAUGCGUCUCAAAUGUGCACAAAUUCAUAAAAGACUUUCAAAGUUUAUGUAAGUGUUAUAAAUAUUAUUAUUCAUGCAGCUGCAGCGAUAUGAGGUAAAGUGGUCUGGACUGCGAUUUGACGCCUGGAAUUCUAAAUAUUUGUUCAAAGUUUCCAAAAAAAAAAGGAAAGAAAUGUGAAGCUCGAGGGCCGUCUGCCUGAAUCAGCGCAAACUGACCCUCUUAGAGAUAUAAAUCAAAGUGUGUUUAAAGUUAUUUUCACCAUCUCUGCUACCAGAUGGGACCGCCCCGUCAAACUGAUUCUCCUGCGCCUCGGGCCUGCGUGUCUCUGAAGCUGUCAUCUAAACUAAUCACCAUCUGUAUGCACAUGUAUUGCGAGUCCCACAGCGUGUAAAACAACACAAACAUAAAACGCUGAACAUAAUUGUUUAUCAUAAAUCUUUACUUAGACUUGACAAAAUCAUUUUCUAAACGAUUAGAACAUUUUCAGUCUGUAUAAAACUCAAUUUUUCUCCUCAGUAGAGCUGGGUAUUCAAAACAUCUCAACCUUUUAUUUAGAUACAAAACUUGUUCUUCUUUUUUUGGUACUUUCAUUUUAGAAAUACAGCUACUCUUUAUUUCAGCAGAGGCAUUUUAAAUUCAACAGAAGAUGUCCAGGUUAUAAAAUGUUGAAUGUCAUCCCCAUAUAAAAACCUGUACAAGAGCUUAAGAGUAAUAAAAUAAAGAGCUGACAUUUGAUACCCAGCUCUACUCGCCA